AUGGCUCGAUUUGCAUUGUUCGCCGCUCUAUCUGCUCUGCUCAUCUGCAAUACCUCAGCGAUCUUGUUCGGAAGCGGCGGCGGUGGCUGCGGAUGUCCUCCACCACCUCCACCACCUUGUGGAUGUGGAGGUGGCGCUCCCAUGCUCCCUCCAAUCUCACUGCCAUCAAUCUCACUGCCAAGCGGAGGCGGAGGAUGCGGAUGUGCUCCACCGCCUUCACCAUGCGGAUGCGGAAAGUAA